UUUACCUUUUAUUCCAUAGCUUGACCUUUAUGAUUCGAGAAUCUACUGAGUACUUAUCAACAACCUCGUCAACUCUUACAAUAUUUCGUCGCAAACAUUCGCAGAGUUUUCUAAUAGAUUUCAUCAAUUGAAAUAUUCCUUGAAGCUCAUAUUUUGAUCGUUGAAAUCAAAUAAUAGAUUGGUGGUGAUACUUUUCAUCAUCCUGUAUUAAAUUUCUAGUAUCGAAAGACUUGGACCAUCAAUACAUUUUAUCCACCCUUGUGAGUACCUGGUUUGCCAGCCCAGAAACUCCCACACUUUUGAAGCAGUGACUGACUACGCAUGCAGAAUAUGCCAUUGCAUAUUGAGGUCAUAUACUGUGCAUGAUAUAAUACCUUUCCCUAAUCUCCGCGUCGUUCUCUCGACAAAUCAAAAUAUAUGACAGCUCGAUCGUCAGACUCCCCGAAAGAUCAUAAUAAAUAUCUCGAAUCUGCAGGAAUGGGUUUUAGGUAAUUUUUGAUUAUUAGUUUACGAUUUAUUAGUUUGCCCAUUCCAGAUUGAGUGGGAAAUAUCAUCGAAGCUAUUGCUGGACAUUCGGCUUUCGCGCUAUCGACCCGCCGUCUCUCUCUGGAACAUCAGUAAUACUUGGUGUUGCUUCUAAGCUGAGGGUUUCUGUUCACUGCUGUGGGUGGUCGGUACCGGUCUUCGGGAAACUUCCCUGGGCGGUUUGGGGACAAUUUUGAAUACGCCAUAGGGUCCGGUAUAUCAUUGGCAGGAGGAAUUAUCUGUGGAGGCUUGGAUCCAAGGAAGGAGAUACAUUGGAAUUUGCCCUCCUAAACUUUGAUGAGAAAGGAAACCUGAGUCGCUUUACCUCCGUCAUCGUAAGUCAUCAAGAGACAAACCAAAUUCUUGAAAGGGGAUCAUCAAUUUACAUGUGGUAUUCUUAGCGCAGUCAAACACUGUCCAGGGAACGUAAGGCUAUUUGUCAUCUGCAUCUAUAGUCCUACAUCCGCCGCCUGUUUUCAAUAGGCCCUGUCCCUUCUUUCCUCCAACGAGAUUCGGGCUGCUCCACCUAUUCAACUAGGGGUUGAUCGUCUGGGUGCAAGCCGCAUUGCCUCCUCGUACCAGCUGUUUCAUUGGCCACUUCGAUCAAGAAGGCUUACAUCGAGUCUGUGGAGGUUUGAAAUUGAUAAGAUAUCUAUAUUUUGGGCCAGAGGCCACCCUUGUGGGCUUUUAAGUAAAUCAGAACCUUGGCCUGUCCUAUUUUAUUUGUCUUCACAAAUCAAUAAUAAUUUAUCAUCAUGACUCCUACGCCCCCUUCCACUACGUCCUCAAGCGCAGGAGCUCAUUCUCCAGAAGGACAAUAUCGGGUGGUAAGAAAGAGGAACAGGAUUCCUCUCUCAUGCGGGCCUUGCCGGCACAGGAAGUGGGUCAUUUGCGUUCUAUUCUGUCAGCACCUUGGCUCUCUGGCAAAAUCAUACUAAUAUUUCUUACGAAUAGGUUGAAGUGUAACCGGUCGCAUCCAUGUGAGAAUUGUACGAGGAGAGGUGACGCUUCCUCGUGCUCGUAUGCUGCACCGGGCACACGGAAAAAGAAUCAAAGUCAAGGCUCAACCAGCCCUGAUGACAUGCAAAAUCGUAUUGACCGUUUAGAAGGUUUAGUUUUAUCCUUGAUGACAAAUGGUGCCUCAUCUGCAGGUCCAGCGGCCGCCACUGCUGCCAUUAGCCGUUCUCACAGCGAAAGUGUCGGUUCAUCUUUUCCUCCUGACAUAGAACAAGACGACGAUGACAUGAUCAAAGAAGAAGGUGAUGAGGAUAGUGAUGUAGAUGGCGUUGCUAAGUCACUGGGUGUCAUGAAGGUUGACCCUGAUAAAGGAAAAACAACAUAUCUAGGAGAUUCGCACUGGCAUCUGGUCUUAAAAGAUGUAUGUUAUAAACCCCAAUUUCUUCGUCAAUACAUGAUUCUGUCAUCAUGAACGCUUUGGCUUAACACAAAUCUUCAAGUUACUAGAGCAGCCUUCUGGUCAAAUAUUUGAGAGAUGCCUUGAGGCAAUGGUCGAUCUUGGGAGCUAUUUUUGAACCUUCAUCUUUCAUUCAAAAGUCUCAGAUGUUAUUAGGAUUAGAAGUCGUUACUAAUUGGUGGAAAAGAUCGCAGAAGUCAAAUCCUAUUUCAGUAGUCAUAAAAAAGAACUCGAAAAGAAUUACGAAAAAAUAAAAUCUUCAAACCCGCCUGUCAGUGAUGAUCCUGCGUUUCUAAUCGGUGCACAUUCGCCAGCUACAGACGAUGAGCUUCGAAAAGCACUUCCUUCCAAAUCCGAGGUUGAUGAACUCAUCACAAGGUCGGUCUAUAGCCAUUUUAGAGGAACGGAGUGUUGACUAAUCGUAUGCUAGAUAUUUGAACACAUACGACCCGGCUCUACACAUUAUCCACGCUCCGACUUUCCGUAAGGAGCUGCAAGCCCAUUGGCAAGAUCCCGCGAAGACCUCGAUUGUAUGGCUAGGCCUUUUAUAUUCGAUUCUCUGUUUAGCCAUGCAAUCAUACCAAAAGAUUGGGCAUGAACCCGCGGAAUGGAAAGGUAGAGAGCCCCCGUUUAGCUCUCCUCUUUUGCUCGAUUUUCUUGUUCCAAACUUCCUCUCAUGGCGCUAACGUUUUUUUAAGGUCGUACUCUCGAGGUAGCUAGUGAAUUCAGGCAGCGCACUGUCCAGUGUCUUGUCAAUUCCGAUUAUACCAGGUCAUCUCUUUAUACGGUUGAAACAUUGAUUCUAUACGUACACGGUGAAUAUGCGAACCGAUGGGAUUCCGAAGUGGGCCUUUGGGUUAUAAUUGGCAUGAUCACUAGAUUAUCAAUGCGGAUGGGUUAUCAUCGAGAUCCAAGCAAUUUUGCAGGUAUCUCUGUCUUCCAUGGCGAGAUGCGUCGUCGAAUUUGGGGACUCGUGCGCGCCAUGGACACAAUGUUUUCCUUCCAGUUGGCUCUUCCGAGUAUGAUCCGUGAUAGCGACUGUGAUACAAAACCUCCUAGCAACAUAUUUGAGGAUGAGUUUGGUCCAGAUUCGAAAACAUUACCACCCGCGAGACCAAAGACUGAACCUACACCUAUAUCUUACAUGCUCGCCAAAAUCAACAUAACAAAUGAACUGAACUGCAUAAUGGAGGAAGUACAAAGUGUUAAUCCUAAGGGCACUGCAUAUGAUGAUGUUCUCGCACGGGAUAAUAAAUUAUGGGAAUUAAAACGGAACCUUGCUCCUCACCUUCAACUCCGGCCCUUGGAAGAAUGCAUACAUGAUCCUGCGACGCUCUGGAUGCACAGGUUUAAUGUGGACAUUCUUUGGCAGAAAACUAUGUGUGUCCUUCAUCGCAAGUACAUUGCGCGUGCGAGACAGAAUUCUCGCUAUGAUCACUCCCGUCGAGCCUGUGUCAACGCUGCCAUGGAAAUCCUUCGCCAUCAACACAAAAUUCAUCUGGAAUCCAAACCUGGGGGGCGAUUGCGUUCGAUGAGAUGGGCAGUUUCACCCCUUACCAAACACGAUUACUUACUCGCUGCAAUGAUAGUCUGCUUAGAGCUCCAUUAUGGAACUAUUUGUCCGCCGGAUAAACGUUUCUGGAAAAAUGAAGAACUUGCAGAUAUGCUCAAGGCUGUUGAAACCUCUCAAAGUAUUUGGAGUGAGACGAUGGAGGAAUCGUUGGAGGCAUUUAAAGCAUGCAAAACUUUGAAUAUUAUUCUUGAGAAGAUAAAGGCUUGUAGGGAACCAGCGGCUGCUUCUGCCACACCUAUGAUUACGGCCGACGCUUUUUCACAAUUCGAUGAUGAAAAUCUCAGACCCGAACAAUCAGCAGCUAUGACUUUGGGUAUGCUUUCUGGUGGUCUAUCACCAAACUCCGCAGCUAUGUUCAACAACGUGGGUCAAGCAUCAGCAGGAUAUACGAACAUGGACCUGAAUAUGGGUGACUCAAGUGGAAGUGGUCUCACUCCGUUCGCACUCGAUAAUAAUGUUAACCCCUUUACCACCAUGAACGGUGGCGCAUCCCCAUUCUCCAUGUUCGGCAACACCGGUAAUGCUCCUGGAAUGAUGGAUCUACCGGCGAAUGUUGACUGGGUAAGUUUAUCUCCCGAUAUAAAUCUUGUGCCCGGAUCUUACUUUGAGGUGGAAUGCUGAUUGAAUUAUAGGAACAAUGGGAUCAUUUUAUUGGAAAUUCAAAUGUAAUCGAUCCAUCAUUUCAGUUCUACCCACCGAAUCUAGAAACUUCACCACCGGGUGGGGACGGUCAAGGACAAGGACAACAACAGGACUCGUCAAAUCCAUUCGUAGGUCCUUUUAUGGGUGCAAAUACUCCUGGUAGAUGAAUGAACAAUUUUCGAAUAAAAUGAUUGGUAGCGUCGAUGGUGGUUAUACACGAUUAUGGAAGGGAGCAAUAGCGUUAUGUUAAAAUACCACGUGGGUUUGGACUGUCGGGCAUUUCUGCGGAUCUAGGAGUUGUGAUGGGAAAACUCUCCACCAAAUUCAAAUCUUUUAUAAGUUCAAUCUUCUUCUUUAUAUUGUAAAAGUGGUAGGUCGAGAUACGUGCGUCCCGAUAGCACACUGUGAGGAGGGAAUUGGAAGAGAAAGCUGAAUUAGAUUACAUUGUAGUAUGUUACUUAUAGGUAAAACAGGGUUCACAAUGGUUUUGGGGUUGAUGCUAUAUAGGUUCAAAUGUAUAUAUAUAAAAGGUUGAUUAUUGUAAAAAGAAGAAGCAAAAGGCUCUUCUUUUAUAUCUAACUACAGAAGGUCAUAUAAUUGACUAGUUAAAACCUUUAUGUAUUUGGCCUAUAAUUCCAACUUUCUCA